UCGGAGUGGAGGUUGGGCGUUUGACGCUGACUUCCACAUCCUGGAGUUUGGGGGCAGGGUGUUCUGGUUAACUGACGUUCCAGUUAACAGGGUGACGGCUGUCUUAUGCCCAAGACCCAGGCCUCCAGUCCAAAUUUGCCCCAGUUCAUGCAGCAGGCUCUCUGUGGGCCUCACACUUCUCCCUUUAGGUUCGCUAACGGAAGGCUGGGUCCGAGCUGUGAGGAGGGGAGUACAGCUCGCUUUCCCUACCCUCCACCUAGGACCCUUCCCAUGUGGCUCAAAGCCUAGGACUCCAGGAAGGUUCUCAGACAAUCCAUGGGAACCUGGAGUACUGGCCACACUCAGGAGAGGUCGCCCAGUGGGAUGGGGUACCCCAUCUGGGGUUUAGCUUUGAACGCUGGCUGUACUCACCAGCAUGCCAGCUACUCUGUGCCUCAGUUUCUUCAUCUAUAGAUAGGGUCAAUGACAGUACCUACCAUAAAGAAGACUAAACCCAAAGCCAGGCAUGUGGCUUGGCUGAAGAGCCAACCCCCUUCUCUGAAGAAGGGGUCAGAAGGACCCUGCAGUUGCCAGUGGGCAGCCAUCUGUGGGAGCAAGCGGACUGAGCUCUGCCCUCUCUGAGGUGGAGAGUAGGGCGAGAGGUGCCGAAGGACAAAGUAGACAAAGCCCCUUUCGCGCUCCCAGGAUCCCCUUGAUGGAAGAGAAGAGGCGAAAAUACUCCAUCAGCAGCGACAACUCUGACACCACUGACACUUGGCUCUGGUGUCAAACCUGGCCAGCCCUUCCUCCCUGUGGCAAGAGACCGCAGCAUCCUGCUCUCUGCGGCGGUGACCACACUGCCCGUGGCCUGGCUCAGCAGAGCCAAGAAGAACAGCAUCCUCUCGACUUCACUGCCUGCAGAGGAGCCCUCGAGGGCCGCGCACCUGCAGGAGGUCACACUACAUCUGCCUCAAGAUGCUCCAAACUGCCCAGCAGCACCAAGCCGGGCUGGUCCCGGCAGAACGAGAAGAAGCCCUCGGAGGUUUUCCGGACGGACUUGAUCACAGCCAUGAAGAUCCCAGAUUCACACCAGCUCAGCCCGGAUGACUACUACAUCCUGGCCGACCCAUGGCGACAGGAGUGGGAGAAAGGUGUGCAGGUGCCCGCCGGGGCAGAGGCCAUCCCAGAGCCCGUGGUGAGGAUCCUCCCGCCGCUGGAAGGCCCCCCGACCCAGGUGUCCCCCAGCAGCUCCGAACUUGGCGAGGGCUCCCAGCCUGAUUGGCCAGGGGGCAGCCGCUAUGACCUGGACGAGAUUGACGCCUACUGGCUGGAGCUCAUCAACUUGGAGCUCAAGGAGAUGGACAGGCCAGAGCUGGACGAGCUGACGCUGGAGCGUGUGCUGGAGGAGAUGGAGACGCUGUGCCAUCAGAACAUGGCACGGGCCAUUGAGACGCAGGAGGGGCUGGGCAUUGAGUAUGACGAGGACGUCGUCUGUGACGUGUGCCGCUCCCCCGAGGGCGAAGACGGCAACGAGAUGGUGUUCUGUGACAAGUGCAACGUCUGUGUGCACCAGGCCUGCUAUGGGAUCCUCAAGGUGCCCACAGGCAGCUGGCUGUGCCGAACGUGUGCCCUGGGUGUCCAGCCAAAGUGCCUGCUCUGCCCCAAGCGAGGAGGAGCCUUGAAGCCCACCAGAAGUGGGACCAAGUGGGUGCACGUCAGCUGCGCCCUGUGGAUUCCUGAGGUGAGCAUCGGCUGCCCCGAGAAGAUGGAGCCCAUCACCAAGAUCUCGCACAUCCCCGCCAGCCGCUGGGCCCUGUCCUGCAGCCUGUGCAAGGAGUGCACGGGCACCUGCAUCCAGUGUUCUAUGCCUUCCUGCAUUACGGCAUUCCACGUCACAUGCGCCUUUGACCACAGCCUAGAAAUGCGGACUAUAUUAGCAGACAAUGAUGAGGUCAAGUUCAAGUCAUUCUGCCAGGAGCACAGUGAUGGGGGCCCAAGGGUCGAGCCCGCAUCCGAGCCAGUGGAGCCCAGCCCAGCUGCUGAGGACUUGGAGAAGGUGACCCUCCGCAAGCAGCGGCUGCAACAGCUGGAAGAAGACUUCUACGAGCUGGUGGAGCCAGCCGAGGUGGCCGAGCGCCUGGACCUGGCCGAGGCCCUGGUCGACUUCAUCUAUCAGUACUGGAAGCUGAAGAGGAAAGCCAACGCCAACCAACCGCUGCUGACUCCCAAGACCGAUGAGGUGGACAACCUAGCGCAGCAGGAGCAGGACGUCCUCUACCGUCGCCUGAAGCUCUUCACGCACCUGCGGCAGGACUUGGAGAGGGUUAGAAAUCUGUGCUACAUGGUGACGAGGCGCGAGAGAACGAAACACACCAUCUGCAAACUCCAGGAGCAGAUAUUCCACCUGCAGAUGAAACUCAUUGAACAGGAUCUGUGUCGAGAGCGGUCCGGGAGGAGAACAAAGGGCAAGAAGAGCGACUCGAAAAGGAAAGGCCGCGAGGGCCCAAAGGGCAGCCCCGAGAAGAAAGAGAAGAUGAAGGCGGGGCCCGACUCUGUCCUGGGGCAGCUGGGCCUGUCCACCUCCUUCCCCAUCGACGGCACCUUCUUCAACAGCUGGCUGGCGCAGUCGGUGCAGAUCACAGCGGAGAACAUGGCCAUGAGCGAGUGGUCCCUGAACAACGGGCACCGGGAGGACCCCACCCCGGGGCUGCUGUCGGAGGAGCUGCUGCAGGACGAGGAGACGCUGCUGAGCUUCAUGCGGGACCCCUCGCUGCGGCCCGGCGACCCUGCCAGGAAGGCCCGAGGCCGCACCACCCGCCCGCCUGCCAAGAAGAAACCGCCACAGGAUGGGUCUGGCUCACGGACGACUCCAGACAAACCCCCCAAAAAGUCCUGGGGCCAGGAUGUGGGGGGUCAAGGUCAAGGACCACUCGCCAGGAAACCACCACGGCGAAUGCCUUCUCACUUGCCGUCCAGUCCUACAGUUGGGGACUGUCCCAUCCCAGCAGCCCCCAAGAGCCCGCCGCUGCUGGCCCCUGACACCCCCGACGAGGCAGCCUCAACGGCUGCCGACUCGAAUGUCCAAGUGCCUGGCCCGACGGCGAGCCCCAAGCCCUCGGGCCGGCUUCGGCCGUUCCGCGAGAGCAAGGGAACCCGGAGGUCGUCAGGCGCCAGGCCUGACGCUGGGACAGGACCGCCUUCUACUGUGGCUGAGAGGCCAAAGGUCAGCCUGCGCUUUGACGCUGAGACAGAUGGCUUCUUCUCUGAUGGGGAGAUGAGCGACUCCGACGUGGAGGCCGAGGACAGCGGGCUGCAGCGGGGUCCCCGGGAAGCAGGGGCUGAGGAGGUGGUCCGCAUGGGGGUUUUGGCCUCCUAAGUCCCCCCGCCCCCACCUCAGGCCCUGUCCUAGUCCCCCGAGGAGGCCUCAGCCCAGACACAACUGCCAUUUCCAACCUGCUGAGUGUCUCAGACCCUCUAGGUCACCACUCUGUUGAGGUUUUAUUUUUAAUAUAGAGAGAGUGUCAAGUUCCACACUGUUGUCUUUCCUCUGUGCUGGCCGAGGACCUUAGGACUCCUUCCGUGGCCCCGGCUGCAAGGGCUGGGCCAGGUCCUGGCAGCACCUCUGCUGCCACUGAGGCAUCCUCACCCGGCCCCUGUGGCCCCACUGGGCUCCCGGCUAGAUGCAGACAAAGUGAAGGAAGCUCAGGGCGCCAGCCCGCCACCACUGGGGGACACAGACUGUCGUUUGGGCAUUAUUUCAUGGCAGAUGGGCCGGGCCAGGGCCUGCCCACCUUGCCCUCAAAUCCCACUGGAGUCCUUUUGGGGGGUCCUGCUGCACUCCACUGACCCCCAAGGAAGUGUACGUGUAACCGGCACCCAGCAGAGUCUACUCACUGUCACAAGCACAACGAGCUCAUACAAGAAAGCACUGAGGGCGCAGAGGGCCCCGCCGGUUCCAGGGGAACCACAGCCGUCCUGUCGACCCACAUCUAUCUAAGGCGUGCCCGCCCACCCCGAGACCCUCCACUCCCUUGCUGCUCUGUCCCUGCCAGCGCCCAGCCCUGCAGCUCUGGGAAGGGGUUUCCAGAAUCCUUCCCGCGCUGUGCCACUUACUCAGGGGACUCCCAAGCAGCCAGCCGCCAGUGCCAGUGGAGGGCUGCCAGGGAGGGCCAGGGCCCAGACCGGGGCGUGGGCACCCACUCACCUGCUGCAGAGGGUCGCUCCGGGGCUCCGACUUCCUUCCUUCCUUAGUGGCCAGUCUCAGCUGAAGUCUGGUCACUCCCAGACAGCUGCCCAGACCAGACCGGUUGCCUUUUCAAGUUUCCCAGUCCGGCUAAGAGAUGAGCUGCUUCCUCGGUUUCCUUUUGGGAACUCCCUUCCAACUAGCAGUGGGAUCCCGGGGCCCAGGCGGCCGCCGCGUUGGCUGCUGCGGCUGUUGAGUCUUGCUGGAGGCUCCUGGUUCCUCUCCCUCCGAGCCUUAACCCCCUUUCCCACCCUGCCCUCCCCACCACCGACCUGCCUUUCCUACUCACCACCCCCUCCCACCCCCCCGCCUUCCCCCAGCCUCCCAGCCCCAGGUCCCAGGUAGUCGCUCUGAAGAGAUUUAGUGGAGUGGCCCCAGGGUGAUAGCUCAGGGAACAAACAAAAAAAGGAAUUCAGUGAAAACAUGUCUUUUUUUUCCUUUUGUGAAUUACUUCUGGGUCACUUCCGCCACUGGUCAUACGCCAGAACUUCUCCAACAAGAACCUUGCAAAAGUCCAGUGAAUCAGUCGAAUCAUUCUGUGGAUGCCAAAGAAUAUUUUGACCAUAAUACAGCACAGCCUGGACCUAACAACUUGUCGCUUGGACUUUUUUUUAAAUGGAGUUCUUUAGCAACCAAUACAGAACCACGUUUGUUGCGCACACCAAGGAGACAAGCCCGAGCUCUUGGAAGAGGAUGCGGUUCUGCUGCUCGGCUGUGGGAACCAGGGACUGGGUGCUGGGUUCCAGGUCCCGGACCGGGCCCACCUCGAGCUUUCUGAAACUGAGACUCACGGGGGGGAGGAACACUGGUGGCGAAACCGGCACGGCCAGGGUCUCGGCCGCAAGGUUCCCCCACUGCAGACACACUCACCCCCGACUUCAAAACUAUCAAGGUACGACAGUGGCGUUGUCAUCGAUACUCAGUUUCAUGUGAAUUUUAGCAAAAUAGGAAACAAAGAUGAGAACUAAGUGCAGGGGAGCGGACCCAGCGGGCUGCAAGCAUUCUGGGCACUGGGAUGGCACGGGCCACCAGGCAGCGGCCAGGCUGCCUGUCACCUCGGUCGGUAGUCGUGGCCAGUGCAGCAUUAGCAGCAGCGUCCCAGCCCGGUUCUCCGUUUACUGCCUUUGAACAGACCUCCUUCCUCCCCGUGCUUCAGGUCACGGCCUUGUCUGUGCUGGACUGCCCAGUCUGACCUCGCAGGGAAAAAAGGGAAGAGCUUAAAGAACAACCAAACUCUCCCCGGGGCACAUGGGGCAGGGGGGCCAGGGGUGGCUUGGGUCCAGCAGGCUCAGCACGUCCCCCUGACCUCUUCCUCCACCGGGAGGCACAGUCUGGGCUCCCUGGGGGUGGGAGAGACCAGGGUGGGGGUACGGUGGGCCUGGUGUGGGCAGGGCAGCCAGCCCUUUCUGGGGAGCCUCUGCUCAAGUUGGCCUUGGGUUCUGACCCUCUUCUCUGAGCUCUCGCUCUGUUUGGACCGGGUCGUUCCUGGGACAAGCCCUAACCUUGCCUCGGCAGGCCACUGUCCACCUGCAGGGUGUCCACCAGGAAGACAGGACGCCAGUUUCCACUCCCUUCCACCAUCAGCCACGACCCCUCACUCUUUUUCUGGCCCACUGCCCACUGUGUUCACCGCUCUGCCGCCCCCAAGGUAGAGGUGGGAAGAAGGCGGGAGAGGCCUUUCCAGGCCAGAGGCUGGGGCAGACCUUGCACUUGACCAUACCAGCCCUCAGGGAGGGUGAAGCUGCUCUGUGACUCGUUCUGGCUGUCAUGCCCAUUUCCCCGACCCCAGCUGCCCACCACCACCUUCACCCCCAUCACAGUGAGAAAGGAUAGUGUGCAAGGAAAGUAUUUUUGUGGAUCAGAGAUGUAUUUUACAACAAGGAAGGAGGAGAGGGGUAGAAGGAUUUAUUUUAUUAAGUGAGCUCUGACCUGGUGACAGUGCGUGAGCGUCUGAGGGGCUCAGUUUUCUUGGAGAAGCCACCUUGGUUCCCAGAUGUGGGGCUGGACUGCAUUUGUGCGCGUGUGUCUGUGUGCACCGUGGGCGGGCACACUGGGACUCGCUGGGGCGUCCCUAGAGGAUCAACUGCUCGACUCGGACACUGGCAGCGGCCGGACUCGGCAUUCCCGUGCCUGCUGCCGGGGUGGCCGACCUCUGCCCAGGCCCAGCUCUGCAGAAUGACCUGGACACCUGUAGCAGGGCCCCUGGGGAGGCCACUUCCCACGCCCCUGGCCCAUCUGGCCACAUUGGCCAAAGAGCCAGGGCUGGAGUCUGGGACUUGCGGUUGUUCUUCAGGGCACUUCCUGCCGCCUCGUCCCUGGGAUACGCAGCACUGUGCUCCACGUCAGCUCGGGGUGGGGGGGGCGAAAUGAAUGUCACAGGAGGGGACUCCUCCUGUCUUUGUUUCAAAGAAAGUGAUGUGCCAUUUGUUAAUAUACAAGAGAAAUAUUGAAAAUAUAUUGAAAAGAGCAAUUUUAAAUUAUUUUUGGCUUAUGUUGCAAUAUUUAUUUUCUUGUAUUAGAAAAGAUUCCUUUGUAGAGAAAAAAAUGUAUUUUUCAUUAAUGCAAAGACCUAUUUCUCCUUUUUGUACAUUGUCCGUGGUCGCUCCCCCUAACAAGCAAUAGAAUGUAUGGCCGCCCAGUGUGGCCGGCGCCUGCCGAGCCCUGCAUGACUCUGUGUUGCCGCUGCUACGUAGCUUUCAGCCCCAUCCUGUCCUGCUCACUCACGGGCUCCCCGACCCGGCCCCCACCAGGGCCUGUGUCUCAGGGAGCCCUCUGCACUCCUCAUGUGUUGGCAAACGCAGUUAAUAAAGCAAUGUUUUCUGUG